GUUGUCGGAAUGAAACUUAUUUACACACCUAUGUUGCUUAAAAUAGGAUUGCAUAGACAGGUAAUUGGUCUUGGCUAUACGUUGUGUAUCACGGCCAACAUAAAUCAACAACCGUCAACUUUUGAUAUUGUAUAGGAAUAAACAACAGCAGCCUACAGUUCAUAAUGAUCGGUACAAGCGAGCAGUGAGACGAAUGGUGGAGAGAGCGUGGACGUUUGAUACUUGUUUUUCGCUUUGACAGUAUGCGAAAUGUACUGUCAGCGUGGCUCAAGUUCGACGUGUAGGCGGCUGUGGUUUUCUACUGUGUGCUAAAAGAGCCAACGCAUUGAGCAAAACAUCCACACUAUAAUAUUAAAGCACACUGACAGGCAAGCGGAAAUCGAAGCUCUUCAGCAGGAAACUAGUGAGAGCAGAUAACUUUUACAAGUGGGCCAAACGUGAAGCCAACUUUUGAAAACCCAGUUCUUACUUGGAAAAACUACUUUGAAUGUCACUGCCAGCAAGUGCAAUUAUACAGAAUAAUAUUGAAGAUCGUUCUGUGGACAUCAGGGGAUUUUCUAGGCCUUCUGUCUACUAUGUCCUCCAGAGGCAAAGGUGAGGGGUGUCUGGUGUGUGGGGGUGACCUGCACGGUAACCAACGGCGAUGGCUCUUUGGGGGUCAGAACAAGAAAGAUGGUCAGCCUCAGACCCCAUCAGACUCACCGGGUAGAGGAAGUCUCUCCAGGUCUCCUCAAAGCAGCCGCUGGGGUAGCACCAUGUCCCUUGGCUCCACAACGUCUCUCUCCUCACUGUCCUCACCCGCUAAAGCAAUGGACCUACUCUCUGUACUGACACACAUACUAGGCCAGCCCGUACCACGGGGCAGUGGGCGGGGGGAGUUCUUGUGUGGCAAAUGCGUUUCAGUUCUAGAGCGGGUUUUCAAGUUUGACUCUGUCAUUUCCAGAGUGAGGGUCUUAUCCUCCGAGAGGCUUCAGAAAUUGACCCAGGAGAGGGACAAGGUCAGGCAGUGGGUACGUAGCGCUUACCGUCAGCGACACCCUCAGGAUUUCAGGAUGAGGAGCAGCACUAGUGAGGAGGAUGGUGAGGGAAUGGGAGACAGAGAGGGUUACAACGAAAUGUUGAAGGAGAACAUGGCCUUGUCAGAGUAUGAGUGCUGGUCUGAGAAAUGGGACGCAUGUCCAUACUUCAGGAGAACGGGGAAAAGAUGCACAAAGGGGAAAAAUUGUGAAGGAUGUGAUUCUCUGAGGGUGUCCGACUCCGCCUAUGAGUCAGUUUGUGGGGUUCCCCGCCUCCAACCCUUUCCCCCCUUGGCCCUAUCGAGGAACAAGUCGCAGAGCAUGCCUCUUCAUUGGUCAAGAGUGCCGUCGCUAAGUUCUAGCCCAGCGUCAUUGGCUGGAUCCACUCUCUCCUUACGAGCGUCCUCUCGCACUGAGUCCAUCCAAUCACUGGAUUCACUGGAUUGCUGUGAUCCAUUUGAUUUUCCAGGUGAUUUGUCACUCCUGGUCCUCAGAGAGUUGAAAGGUAUUGAAGGAAAGCCUGUCAAUUCACCUUCGGGGAGUAAGAUUCCCGUUUUGGGAAAGAGGGAAGGGCGAUAUUCAGGAGAGGUAGGUGAGACAUCCCCCCCUGAGGUAACAAGGGUGCUGAAUUUUGGAGAGCGGGAGAAUGGAGGAGAGGAAGUUGCUGGAGAGUCCAAUGACGUUUUGACUGAAUUGAGGGACGAGUUUAUUCCACUACACAGAGAGAGCAAUACAGGCCGAGUGCACCUUGCAGUCAGACAGUUGGGAGGACAGCUUGAUCAAGCUAUGGCACGCAGCAAGACCCUCGAAACUGAGCUUAAACACGGGACCAAAACCAAACCAGAUACCAAUGUCAGUGGACCAAAGGAUUGGAUUAAGUUGCCGCAGAAGGACGGUGGAAACUUGCUUCUGCAGAGUUUGGGGCAUUCGCUGCACAGCAGAGACAGAGUUAUCCAGGAGUGCAUGUGUCUGAUCAGGAAGAUGUGUGUUGAGGUGGGGACAGGGACAGAUGCGGCUGACAGACUGACACAAGCACUCACUGACAAUCUGAAACAAACACUCUCCGACAAUAAGCAAGCCCUGGAGGCUCUGCGCUCAGAGAAGAGUGAGAAGGAGAGGAGGAUGGAGAGCGAGCUGGAGGCACUGCAGAAGGCUGGGAGAGACCAGGAGAAAGACCUCUCCACACUCAACACUGUACUCCAAUGUAACCAGUACAUCAUCAAUGAACUGAGAGUGGAGCUGGUUGAGAAGGAGCAAGUGCAGCGGGAAGGGCAGAAGGAGAAGGAAGUGUGGAGACAGCGGGACCUGGCACUCAAAGCAGUCCUACAGGAGAAAGAGUCACUUCUCUUCUGCCUGAAGGAGGCGCUAGAGAGCUCUCAGAAAGACAUGCAGGCACUGUCGGAAUCUGUGAUUAGCCAAGGGGUGUCAGGAGGCGGGGCAGUGGGGGCUCUGGCCUCUCAGCUGGAGGAGAAGGAGAGCCUGGUGAUAGCCUGGCUUCAGGACAGAGAGGAGCACAGCGCCACCAUGUGCCGGGAGGUCUCUCAACUCACCACCGCCCUUCAGGACUAUCAGGGCAUAGUGCAGGAGCAACAGCAGAAUCAUAGUCAGACGGUGUCUUCGCUGUCAAAGCAACUCAAUGACACACUCAACGACCUGAGGGAGAGCAGGAAGGAGAACAAGGAGGCACAGCGAGCCUGGCGGAGCGAAAAGGAGGACGAAGAGCGGGAGGAGAGGAAAUUGAGGGAGAGCCUGGAGAAGAGAGACAAACUCAUUGAGCAAGUUCUCCUGGAUUCCGAGGAACGGGAUCAUCUACUCAAAGAACUUCAACAGAACCUGCUGAACAAAUUUGAACCCAUGAUUGCUGUCAAACACACAUUAUGAAAAAGACAAAGAAAAUAGUGAGAGAGCCAAAAAAUUUGGAACCAUGAAGGUACAAUGCACAUUUUGUAUAGAUGAGUUGCAUGAACCAGCACUUUCUUGCACCACAGGUAGUUUACUACUAACUACAAUUAUAUGUAGGCCCAUUGAAAAGGUUGUGUUUUGCACAUUUGCAGUAGUUGAUCUUCCCUUGGCAGGCAAGCCUUGGUUUUUGUGUUAAAACAAUUUAUGUCCUUUACAAAACUCCUGACUGGAUAUUUGUCAAUAAUGAUAAUGUUAUUGCUCCAUUUUGGCAUCAUUCUUAUUUGUGUAUUCAUAUUCACUGAUUUAAUUGAUGAAGUAUGCUAGUAGUUCAUGUCUGACAUGGACCAAAGUAUAUGUUGAAUUUGCUUAAAUGGUACUCUGUCAAUGAAAUAUAUCAAUACAGACGGUUCAAUCAAAUCCUUUCAUUGACUGAGAGUACUAUUUAUGCAAAUUCAAAAUACACUUUGGUCCAUGUCAGACAUUGACUAACUACUAGCAUGGGACAUAGGGAAAUGUGUCAUGAGAUUUGUUAAUGUGUCCUUCAGGGCAUAGUGUAGUGCAACCUAAUUGAUAAAUGCUAUCAGAAGGGGGAUUAUUAUUGUGUUGUAUUUGGACCGUUUGAAGUUGCAGUUUCCCAAAAGCUUUCUUUAUUGGUCUCAUACUGUAAGUUCUGUAUUAUUAUUUUUCUGAAUGUGCCAUUUUGGUUAUUUUAUUCAUUCUGCCAUUUUCUUUACACAUUAGCUUACAUCAUACUGCUUGGUAAUUUGAUUGUCAUGAAGGGGUUAAUAUUUUUGACCCCAAAAUAUUUGGACUUUUUGGGGGGUUUAAUUUUACUACAGAAUGGUUUGAUAAAUUUAUUUUUGGAAAGGGUUUCUAAUUUUAUGUCUGUCUUGUUUUUAUGUUCUGUCUUUUAAUGUUCUGUUUCCUUUUUUUCCAUUUUGUAUUAGACCUACUGCCUGUCUUUUGGGGUUUUGCUGCCAUGUUUUCAUUUUAAGUCUUUGUGAGAUUGAGAAAUAAACCUCACUUUUUGAUCAAAAUGA